UCCACAGAGGAAGUGUAAAGGGGGGGGGGGACUGGUGCAGAGCAUGGCGGUGACGUCAGCGCUCCGCCCGGGCGGCAUCCCGCGCGGCCAAGCCGGGGACAGCGCGAGCCGCAGCCCGAGCAGGAGCGCCGAGACGCGCCUCCGGAACGUAGAGUAACAAUCACAACCCCACAUUCCGGGCGAGCGCGAGCGGGAAGGGAUGCGACCCGGGCCGAGGCGCCGCGCGAGCGCCCUGCAGCCGACGUGAGCGCCGCCAGCCGCGGCGGCCCGGGGGCGGUGGGAGCCUGCCUGCCUGCCUGCGUGCGUGCGCCCCUCUCCUCGGCUCGUGUGCGUCCUGGAAACGGUGGCCGUGGCGGCUCCCUCCGGCGCACAGAGCCAGCCGCCGCCCGCGGAACGGCAGACGCUGCGGAGGGGAGAAGCGCCUCGCCCGGCUGCCACCCCCUGCCCCGGCCCUCCGGGGAAGCAGCGGCUUCAGCAAGACUGGAUCUGGGCACCGGGUGGCACAGCCCUCGAGCCCUCGCCCCGGGGAGCCCGGCGGGGAGAGAGGACGCGGCUCGCAGGGGGGCCCCCCGGGGGAAAGGAAGAGGCAGCCCCUUCGCAGCUUCCACGCAGCGGCCGCGCCGGGGAGGGGGCCAAGAGGCAGCGACGGCCAGCACGGGGCACCCUCGCCCCCUCCCCCCGGGCCCGGAGCUUCCACCCUCGGUCCGCGGCACCAGGAAGAAGGCGCCCUCGCCCCUCUCCCGACACGACCGCCGCAGUAGGAGGUGGGGGCGAGCAGCAGGCUGAGCGUGUCCGCCGCCCCGGCGGUGGAGCCCCCACGGAGAGGCGCAGCGCCCGCGGCGGAGACUCGCGCUGCCUCCAGCCCCCGGGGCAGAACUUUCUCGCCCCCCCUCCCCCCUCCCCCGCAGCCGGACUCCCUCCCCGGCCAGCCCGUCCUCCCGGAGAAGGCGCCGCGGAACCAGCCCGGGCGGGGGCCUACCUUCCCCAGGGUCGGCAUCAUGUCGGCGGCGCAGGUGUCCUCGUCCCGGAGACAAUCCUGCUACCUGUGCGACCUGCCUCGCAUGCCCUGGGCCAUGAUCUGGGACUUCUCGGAACCCGUAUGCCGCGGAUGCGUCAACUACGAGGGCGCCGACCGCAUCGAGUUCGUGAUCGAGACGGCGCGCCAGCUGAAGCGGGCGCACGGCUGCUUCCAGGACGGCCGCUCCCCGGGGCCGCCGCCGCCCGUCGGGGUCAAGACGGUGGCCCUGUCGGCCAAGGAGGCGGCGGCGGCGGCGGCGGCGGCAGCUGCGGCGGCGGCCGCGCAGCAGCAACAGCAGCAGCAGCAACAGCAGCAACAGCAGCAGCUCAACCACGUCGACGCCUCCAGCAAGCCCGCGGUGCUGGCCGCCCCGUCCGGCCUGGAGCGCUAUGGCCUGAGCGCCGCCGCCGCCGCCGCCGCCGCCGCCGCGGUGGAACAGCGCACCCGCUUCGAGUAUCCGCCGCCGCCUGUGAGCCUGGGCAGCAGCGGGCACACCGCGCGGCUGCCCAACGGCCUGGGCGGCCCAAACGGCUUCCCCAAGCCGGCGCCAGAGGAGGGACCCCCGGAGCUGAACCGGCAGAGCCCCAACUCCUCGUCGGCGGCGGCGGCGUCGGCGGCGUCUCGGCGUGGCACGCACAGUGGGCUGGUGACGGGGCUCCCCAACCCCGGGGGUGGCGGGGGGCCCCAGCUCACCGUGCCCCCCAACCUGCUGCCGCAGACGCUGCUUAAUGGCCCGACCAGCGCCGCCGUGCUGCCGCCGCCCCCGCCCCACGGACUCGGCAGCAGGGGACCCCCGACGCCCGCGCCCCCAGGCGCCCCCGGGGGCCCCGCUUGCCUGGCCGGCGCCGCGGGCGUAGCGGCCGCGUCGUCCUCAGCGUCGUCCUCGACCUCGUCGUCCGUGGCUGAGGUGGGCGUGGGCGCUGGCGCCAAGAGGCCCGGCUCGGUGUCGAGCACGGACCAGGAGCGGGAGCUCAAGGAAAAGCAGCGUAACGCCGAGGCCCUGGCCGAGCUGAGCGAGAGCCUGCGCAACCGCGCCGAGGAGUGGGCCAGCAAGCCCAAGAUGGUGCGCGACACGCUGCUCACGCUGGCCGGCUGCACGCCGUACGAGGUGCGCUUCAAGAAGGACCACUCGCUGCUGGGCCGCGUCUUCGCCUUCGACGCCGUCUCCAAGCCCGGCAUGGACUACGAGCUGAAGCUCUUCAUCGAGUACCCCACGGGCUCCGGCAACGUGUACUCCAGCGCGUCCGGGGUGGCCAAGCAGAUGUACCAGGACUGCAUGAAGGACUUCGGCCGCGGCCUCUCCUCCGGCUUCAAGUACCUGGAGUACGAGAAGAAGCACGGCUCCGGCGACUGGCGCCUGCUAGGGGACCUGCUGCCUGAGGCCGUGCGCUUCUUCAAAGAGGGCGUGCCCGGCGCCGACAUGCUGCCCCAGCCCUACCUGGACGCCAGCUGCCCCAUGCUGCCCACGGCGCUCGUGAGUCUGAGUCGCGCCCCCAGCGCGCCUCCGGGGACGGGGGCCCUGCCGCCAGCCGCGCCCUCGGGCCGGGGCACAGCCGCCAGCCUUCGCAAGAGGAAGGCGUCCCCCGAGCCCCCAGACUCGGCUGAGGGCGCGCUGAAGCUGGGCGAGGAGCAGCAGAGGCAGCAGUGGAUGGCGAACCAGAGCGAGGCUUUGAAGCUCACCAUGACCGCAGGGGGCUUUGCGGCGCCGGGACACGCGGCCGGGGGUCCGCCCCCUCCCCCGCCGCCGCCCCCGCCGCCGCCGCCCCUGGGACCCCAUUCCAACCGGACCACCCCGCCCGAGUCGGCCCCCCAGAACGGCCCGUCCCCCAUGGCCGCCCUCAUGUCGGUGGCCGACACUCUGGGCACCGCGCACUCGCCCAAGGACGGCAGCUCGGUGCAUUCUACCACUGCUUCGGCGCGGCGCAACAGCAGCAGCCCGGUGUCGCCGGCCUCCGUGCCAGGGCAACGCCGCUUGGCGUCGCGUAACGGGGACCUGAAUUUGCAGGUGGCGCCCCCGCCGCCUGCCGCCCACCCGGGCAUGGACCAAGUGCACCCCCAGAACAUUCCGGAUUCCCCCAUGGCCAACAGCGGACCCCUGUGCUGUACCAUUUGCCACGAACGCUUGGAGGACACGCAUUUCGUUCAGUGCCCAUCCGUCCCCAGCCACAAGUUCUGCUUCCCCUGUUCCAGAGAGAGCAUCAAGGCCCAGGGGGCCACCGGCGAGGUGUACUGCCCCAGCGGAGAGAAGUGCCCCCUGGUUGGGUCGAACGUACCGUGGGCCUUCAUGCAGGGCGAAAUCGCGACUAUCUUAGCGGGGGAUGUCAAAGUGAAAAAGGAAAGAGACCCUUGAGCCUCGGGGUCGCGGCCCCCUGCGCCCCAGACCGGCUCUUUCGCGAUCCGGAGGGCCCCUCCCCCGCCCCGCCCCUCCCCCCCAGGUGUAGAAUUGUGAAUAUAACAACUGCAAAAAGUUAGUCUUCUGUAUAGACGUUAUUUUCGUCGUCUGUUUCUAUAUUUUGAAACAAAGGUAUGUAGCUUCUUCAUUUGGAGGAUAAACUGGUUUGCGUUCAGCAGUAUAAUAUCGGUUGAAUCAUUUCCAUCACGUUGGUUCGCGUUGAUUUGGUGGCAGAAUGUUUGCCUAGGUACAGAAUUAAUAGCCCUUAGCAACGACUGCUGCUGGUGUGUAUUUUUGUAAAUGUUAUGCACUCUCUGAAAGGAAAAACACACAAAAGAAAAAGACUUUUUUUUUUUUUUUUUGCCAAGGCCAGUGUUGCUGCCUAAAAAGAAAAAAUAUAUAUGUUAUACAAUGGUGAGAGCUUCUUUCUAACCAGCCCCAAGUGUUGAAGUCUUCACUUUAGUUGGUUCAUUUCUGUUUUUGUUUUGUUUUCCUGUUUAGUUUGCAACAGUGGUAAGGGGGGUGCUGGGGGGGAUGGGUGUUUUCUGUUGCCAGUUCGUGGAGGGGGGAAAUGUUUCGGUUUGUUUCUGCUGACCUGAAUGUGCUGGGUCCUCACCGUGUUUUGUUUUUGCUUUAUCGAUGCACGGAUGCUUUUGAACCAGUAGAGCGAAAUGCUAGACAUGGAGAAUCUGCCGUUUGUCCUUUAUACAUUUCUGUAGUUAACACAACACUGUAAUGUGCCUUGGAGCUUAGUAACUUGUAAUAAAUUCAAUUGAUAUGAA